AUGUCGCUCGACGUCUCCAUGCGACGCGUCACUCUCGUUUCGCUGAUCGCUCUUCUCGUCAUCUUGCCGUUCGCUGAAGCCGAUGAGCAAUCAGCAUCAGGCGGCAGUGCUGACGUGGAUCUGACGAAGCUGAGAGUCAAGGAGCUCAAGAGGAUGCUGGAGGAGCGAGGGGUGGAGUGCCAAGGCUGCAUAGAGAAGGAGCAUCUGGUGAGUCGCCUGAGGGAGACCAUCCACCUGCCCGUGCUCACAGAGGAGGAGAGGCAGCAGACGCAGCCCAAGGAAGCUUCCAAGAAAGCUGCCUCGUCUGAUUCGUCCUCUGGCGACGAUUCGUCAUCCAAGGAUGCUGACAUCCAGAGGAUUCUGGAAAAACUUAAGGCUUCUGGAAACUUUGGUGACAAGAUUAAGAUGUUUUCGGCCAAGGACUUUGAGAACCUCGCCCAGAAUGUGGAUCACCGAAAGGGAGAGGGUUACAACGAUGACAUGUGGAAGCACGUCGCCGACGACUCGUCCGACGUCGUCGAGCUGACGCCUAACAAUUUCGGGGAUUACGUGGGAACGGAAAAGGCGGUCUUUGUGAAAUACUACGCGCCAUGGUGCGGCCACUGCAAGAAGCUAGCUCCGGACUAUGAGAAACUCGCUUCGGCCUUCAAGAAGACCAAGACGGUGGCGAUCGCCAAGGUGGACUGUGACGCGUACAAGGAGAUGUGCAGCGACUACAGGGUGCGAGGGUACCCCACUCUCAAGUGGUUUCCUGCUGGCACUGACAUUCCAGACGACUAUGACGGGCGCAGGGAGGCUGCAAGCAUGGUGACAUGGGUGAAUGAGAAGCUAGGCACGAGUGUGCGUGUGCCUGUGGCCGUGUCUCACGUGGUGGACCUCACGCCCGCCACCUUCGAUGCGAUCGCUCUGGACCCCACCAAGCACGUGCUUGUGGAGUUCUACGCACCGUGGUGUGGCCACUGCAAGCAGCUCGCCCCUGUAUACGAGCAGGUGGCGGAGGCAUUCAGGCUGGAGAGCAGUGUGGUGAUCGCCAAGGUGGAUGCAGACCAGCACACGGAGCUCAAGGUUCGCCAUAUCCAGCUUCCCCACGCUCAAUUGUAA